AUGUCCAGCCCUGACGCGGCAAGAAAUAGAUUCCACGAGGAUCUGCGCGCCCUCUUGGCGACUGUGCCGAAGGCAGAUAAGUUGGGUGACUGCAACGUCCGCGUCGACACAGACCAUGCUCUCUGGAGAGGAGUGCUCGAUCCCCAUGGCCUCAAUGGCCCCGACGACAAUGAUCUGCUCCUCCUGCUAACCUGCGCCGAAUACCGGCUCAUUCUCACCGACACUUACUUUCGUCACGCGAUGCGAGAGAACGCGACCUGGAUGCACCCUCGGUCGCGACAAUGGCACCUACUAAACUAUGUUCUCGUCCGGAGGCGAGACCAGCAGGACGUGCUAUUGACAAAGGCGAUCGCGGGUACUGACGGAUGGACUGAAAAUCGCCUCGUCAUCUCGAAGCUGCGUAUACGCCUAAAGCCUCGCAGAAGACGUCAAGGUAAGCGACCCCCAGGUAAGUUUAAUAUAGCUUUCCUUCCUUUGCCUGCUUACCAUCUCCAUUUCAGUAAUAAGCUAGCUGAACGGCUAGCCAACCUCCCAGUCGCUGCUGCUGCCCCCGUCGCCGCCGCCGCCGCCACCGCUGACGAGAACGCCUCCGGGGAGAACCGAUGGUGUAAACUGCGCGACACAGUCCAUUUGACGGCGCUGGCCAUCCUCGUUCGGGCACGCCGCCAACAUCGGGGCUGA